CCAAUCUUCAAUUAUAUCAAUAUAGCAAUCAAUUCAAACGCUGUUGAAGAUCAUUUGAAUCAUUCUUAUAAUCUUCAAUUGUCCUUGAAUCUGAUCCAUCAUUUGCUUAUCGUAAUUUACAUACAUUUUUCCAUCUCAAAGUAUCAAUCAUUGACGACCAACUAGGGUUCCUGUUCUUUUUUUAGCUUUUCAGUCAUAUUUAUGAAAUAACGUGGAUUGAAUCAUGAGUAAUAGAUAUAGUUCGGAUAUUCCGCCUGCGUUGAAGGUGGCAAUUGAUGAGAUGAUGAAGGUUGAACAGGAUGAAUUCAUAGCUAUGCUUGAUCAACGAUGUAAUGCCGAUGAACCAAAAGGUGAUUUAAUCCAUUGGGUUCCGGUUUUGAAUCGAAUUGAUCAAAUUUUAGCCUUCUAUAUAUAUGAAUAUGGUUUAGAUGAUGAAUAUCCCAAGUUAAUAGUAUUCGAUGAUGAACAUGCUUCAUUCACUAUCAGUUGUCUUAAUUUCACCGUUAAUUUACUUGAACAUUCUACCGAUAAGAAAUUAUAUUCAAGUUCAGAUCGAGUUUAUGCAUUAUUGAAAGCGACUAGUUUUGAAGUUAAAUUAGCUGCUUUGAAAGUAGCUAACUUACUUGCUGAAAAGUAUUGUGAAACUGAAUCCAAGAAAUAUGCUGCUCCAAAAUCAGCUAAGAAUCAUGUAUUAACCAUGGCAAAAUCAUAUCCUCCCACUGUGCCACCUAAUUUUUCCAAACAUAUCCAAGAUGACGAUGGUCCAGAUGCAGAUAAACCAGUUGUAAUAGGGGAUCAUUUCAGUUGGAUAGAUACCAUCACUUCAAAUAAGAAGUAUCCUUCCAAAUGGAAACAAAUAAACUUUUCAUAUUUCAGAUCAUUACCAAAAGAAGAUUCAAAAUCCAAAUCUCCAAAGAAAGGUGAAAAACAAAUCCAAAGUGAAGGACUCCAUACUUUUUCAUUAACUGAAGAUGUAGUGAAGAAAUUAUCAUUACAACAAAUUCUCGAUAAAGGUGGUGAAACCAUUCCUAAGGAAUCAUGGUUCGAAUUUGCAUUAGUAGCUCAUAUCGCUAAGGCGUUCAAUUCCAAAUCUGAAGCAGCCAUGAAUGAAAGAAUAAGGCUCUUACAAAUGAAAUGUUAUGCUGUUGGUUUUGUUAGUUGUAUGUGUCAAGCUCAUUUCACAUCUACAAGAUUAUUUGAAGCAGAACCUUAUAUUUUCACAUUCUUGGUUGAUAUGAUUAAUCCUGAAAAUUAUCCCAGAAUGAAUGAACAAACCUUAAUCGCUGCUACUAAAUCAUUAGAGUAUAUUGCUCUUAAAAAGUCAUGGGGAAGUGAUAUCAUAAGGUGUUUGAAUGGUAAUGUAAGUCAUGGAUUAUUAUACCAAAUCUUAAGACAUAUAAACAGACAAGUGAAAGAUAAUGAUCCCGAAUUUUCAGAAUUAGCCGCAAGAAGCUUUUUCUCAAUGAUUGGAACCUUAAUAAGUACAAGAGCAUUAACACCUAGAUUAACUGCAGGUGGUAUUUUAGGUGAUUUAUUGUCUUUCUUUAACUUGAGGACUAAUUAUAGAAGUACCUGUUCGAUAGCAGUUCAUACUACUGCUUCUUAUCUUGGUACUGUUCCCCAACAGUUUGAUGAAUUUGCGGAUAAAAAUGGGUUUAAUUUAUUAAUAGAAACGAUUAAGUAUGAAGUUGAUUUUGCAUUAGAGAAUAUUGACUUUGAAGGUGGACCACCUACUGAAAUUACAGUUUAUUAUAAUAUCACUCAUAAACAAUCUACCUAUAUUAAAGAUUUAGUUAAAUUGGUUUCUGAUUUAAUUCAAAGUGAUUUUGGAGAUAGAUUAAGAAACUUAUUUGAUUCACCAUUAUUGUCAAGUUUCAAUAAAAUUAUUCUUAAUCCUCAUACAUUCGGAGCAUCAAUCUUGUCCCUCACCUUAGAUUGUGUGUUUUACAUCAUUCAUAAUGAACCAACUGCAUUUUCCAUCUUGAACGAAGCUGGUGUAAUAGAUACUAUCUUGAAUAAUUAUGAUGAUUUAUUCUUACCAUCAGCCAAUUUGCUUAUGUCACUUCCAGAAGUUAUCGGUGCAAUUUGUUUAAACAAAGAUGGUAUGAAAAAAGUAUUAGAAAAGAAAACUAUAGAAACAUAUAUGUUAUCCUUAAUUAAUCCAAAAUUUGCCAAACAAUUGGUUAAAUCUGAUAUGUCAACUAGUCUUGGAAGUUCGUUUGAUGAAUUAGGUAGACAUCAUACAUCUUUGAAACCGGUUGUGCUCUCUGCCAUGAAAACACUUUUAUCAAGAUUUAUAAAAGAGUCACCUUUAAAUGCAUUAAAAUUCUAUAAAAGCACCACAGGAAAAGCAUUUUACGAAGAAUACUUGGAGGAUAUAGAAGAUGAUGAAGGUGAACCAAUUGAUAGCUGGGAACUUUCCGACAUUGCAUUUUCAUACGAUAAUUUAUACUUUUUUCUUGGUGGUUUGAUUCAAGAUAGUCAAUGGGGAUCAGCCGUUAUUGAAAUAGUUGAUUUCGAAGUAUGGUUAUCAUUCCUUGAAUUGGAAGAUGCUCCUUUCGAUUACAUUAUGUCAAAUGGAUUUGAUCAACUUACUGGCAUAUUAAAAUUUUUCGAUGAUGAAAAUAGAGUAUAUGGUUUACCCCUCAUAGUCAAUGCAAUAUCAACUAGACUUCAAAGUACCACAAUUCAAGAAUAUUUGAAGUUCAAUGAUAAUGAUAGUUCAUUCUUUAUGAAAUUUUCUGAUGAUGAUGUAGCUGGUACAAAGUUCUUGAGUGAGUUAAAUGUCCUCAAUACAUUAUUAAAAGUUUUAUCACUGACUUAUAUUAAUUCAGGUAUGAUGUUUCAUGAAAGAGUUCAACAAAUGGUUCCAUUAUUUGUUGAUAAAGGAAUAUUUACAUCAUUAUGCCUUUUAUUGGAAAGAAGUAUCGUGGAAGGAUCUAUCUUACGUUCUAGAGGUCCACCAGUUGUUGAAAAAGAAUCCCGUCCACAGUUGGAUAUAAACAGUAACCAUCCCCCUUUACAAGUUCUUGGACCUAGAAACAGUGACGACGAAGACACUUCCAGAAUUUAUCCUAAUUUAGAAUUCGGAUCCAAGUUUAAGAAUACCUUACAAUUAAGAUUUCUCAGUACUCAUUUACAAACUAGUAUUUCCAAAAUAUUUUCAGCAUCAUCAAGAUUAUGCAUGCAUAAGAGACAUGAUUAUGGUCAAAUAACUUGGAGACGAGGUGCAGUAAGUAUAACUCUUGAAAUUGGAAAGGCACUUUCUCAAGCUUUAGAUAGAAAGUUUGUUGAUGCUUACCUUUUAAGAUGUUAUAUUCUUGCAUUUUCAAACAUUUCUGUGUACGUAAUGUCUCAUUCCGAAAGAGGUAAAUCAUACCUUCAUACUCCAUUGACUCUUGCUCUUUUCCAAGAAGAUUUUUUCCAUAAGUUGAAGACUUUUGCAGAACAAAUUUGGAAACACUUUUUAACAUUACCCGUGGGUAUAGCCAAUUCAGGAGAGGGUAUGAAAUAUAUUAGUUCAAGCGAUGGAAGUAUACUGAAAAACGCUUUGAGCCAAGUCUUGUCUAUUUUUACAAAAGCUGUUAAUAGUGAUAGCUUUGCGAACAUACCCAACACCAAACUUUUCUUUCAUAAAUCGUUUGAAAAGGAUGCUGAAAAUAAGAUUACCUCAGCAUUAUUAAUACAGAUAAGAUUGGUUUCAGCUGAUCUUAUUAAAUAUAUCAUAGGGUCAUAUUCAUCUCUUAAAGAGGAACCAUUUACUGAUAUCUAUAUGACCAUGCCGACUCCAAUUAUCGAGCAAAUUGUGAAGAUUGGGUUGAAUGUGUAUUUGGGUAAGAAGGAAUAUGCUGAUGCUGAGUUUGUUCCUUUAACAGCCGAAAAUGUUUCACCUCCAAUAAAUCAAGUGAAUUUGUUGACACUGUUAGGUAUGACACUGUCGCAGGCUGAACAUUAUUUUAGACAUGAGGAUGAUAUUAGAAAUAUUUCAAAAAAUAAUUGGAAUGUUUGUGCUCAAAUGAAUAUAACUUCUGAAGAAUGGGAGGGAUAUGCUAGAGAAAUUGCAUCUUCAGACAUUGAUUAUUUGUGGACUGCUAGAUCAGUACAUUAUAGAUCAUCUGGUGAGCUUAGAUAUUUUAGACUUUCCGAAAAAGAAGUAUUCGUAUCCGAAUGGAUCGAUUUUGCUACAAUUUACCCAAAGGCUAUAUCUGUUAUAACGGAAAUGUUUCUAUUAAUUUAUGUUGAUUCGAAAGAUAUAGUAAAGUCGGUGUUUGACAAAUUGGUAGGAGCACUUGAUGAUCGAGCUCUGACUAGAACUAGAAAAGCAACAAUUUCCAUUUUGGGACAACUUCUAAAAAAUGAAAGAUGUGCUAGGGCUAAUGCUUCAGUGUUUGAUAAGUUCAGAAUAUUAUUCGUUGAGAAAAUCAGCAGACUUGAGAAAUUUGAAGACGAAUUCCUUGGACAUUCGCUUUCAAUUAUAGAGCAGAUGUUAGUGUAUUGCGAAAUCCCACAACCAGAAGUUACAGAUCACGAAGACAUACAAUUCCAUGGUCCUAACUUACCUUAUAUCAUGUCAGAAGAGAACAAAGAACAACUUUUUGAUACAGUAUUGAACACAAUAGAUUUGAACAGAAAAUUAUUCUCUAAUGGAACAGUUCAUUAUCAUGCUGCUAGAGUGCUUCUAUUAUUUUCUAGCGAUUCGAGUAGAGCUUCAGCUAUAGGUUCUUCACAGUUAUUCCAAUCGAUACUUGUUUAUGGAAGAGAUCAUGAACUGUUUUAUGAGACAUUUCCAAAUUUUAAUUCAAUAAUGAUUAUAUUACUUAGAAGAUGUUUUGAAUCAACCAAUGUCUUACAUACUUAUUUUACAGCUGAAAUUGCGAAUCAAUUCCAACCAACAAGAUCUCGAGACUUAAAAUCAUGUUUAAAGGAGCAUGUUCCGUUAAUUUUUAGAGAUUCUCAAGUUUACGUAGAUCUGUUCUCAAAAGACGUAAGGCUCGAGGAUUAUAAUGGUGGACAGACUGUUUUUGGAAGAAUGCAAGUUGAAAGGGUUAAGUCUAAGAAUGAACUGGCUGAUGUUAUAAUGACUGAAGCAGAAAGUAUAACGAAUGAAGAUAACGCUCAAUCAAAGAGGAUAGAUUCGAGUGGCAUUAUGCAUACACUUAUAAGCGAAUUGAUGUCUAUUAUCAAGUCAGGUUUGUGGUUACAAUUUACGGAGGAGCAAAAUGAGAUUGCUUUGUCAGACAAAAAAGAUAAAUCCAAAGUAUUCGAAGAUCAGUCUUAUUCGUAUGCUAUUUUUAUCCUUAGCGCAAUAAUUGAGCUUCUUGCUUCGUAUAAACAGUGUAAGCUCGAGUUCAUAACAUUUUCCAAGAAAAAGCUGCCAGAUGCAAGAUUAAAACCUACAGCUUUGAAUUUUUUCAUUUAUCAACUUAUCCAAACUAAACUGUUAGAGAAUGCUAGUGGUGCUGAAUAUGAAAGACGUAACCAAGUUUCUCAACUUGCAAAGCUUGCUAUUUUCUGUCUCCUUGCAACUCCUCUAUCCGAUGAAGAGAUUCCAGAUCCAAAGAAAGAAGACAUUGACAUGGCUUUCAUAAGAAGGUAUUUCGUUGAUAUUGUUAACAGAAUUUUGAAGGAUACUAUAACCCAACAGUCUUUGGUUAUUCAUAGAUAUUCUAAAUUAUUUGACAUUUUUGAAUUGUGUGGAGUCGUUUUAUCAUCCGACUUCUUGCAAAGUAUACUGUUAACCAAUAAAACUGCAGUAAAGUUUGAUCAAUUUUAUAUUGGAAAGGCAUUUUCAGACAGAGGUGUUCCAUCACUUUUGGCAAAUAUUCUUGCUGGACUUGAUUUGAACUUCCCUGAAAUUGAAAAGAUAGUGAAAUCCGCAUUAAAACCAAUUACUAUCCUAGGUAGAAUCAAGACACGUUUCCAAGAACAGUUUGGAGAAGAGCAUCAAGGAGAUAAAGAAGAAGAAGAUAUAGUGCCUGAAGAUGAAGAUGAAGAUAUUCGUGACGAAACUCCAGAUUUAUUUAGAAAUUCCACUUUAGGAAUGUAUGAUGCAGAAUUUGAUAGUGAAGAAGAGGAACUGGAUUUCUAUCAAGAUGAUGGUCCAUUAGAGGUUUUACUUUCAGAAGAAGACAUCUCAGAUGACGGUUCCUCUGGACUUUCAGACUUAGAAGAUUUAGAUGAUGAAGAUGAUGAAGACGAUGAUGAAAUGUUAGAAGAAGUUGAUGAACUUGACGACGAAAACGUGGAUGAGGAUAAUUAUGCUGAUGAUCAAGAUUCAGAUUCUCACGAUGAUUCAGACAGCGCCGACGAUAUAGAAAUUAUAGAUGAACUUGAUUUAGAUCCUGAAGAAUUACGUUACGGUACAUCUGGAGAAUUUUAUGAUGCACAUGGUGACGAUGAAGCCUUUUUGGGAGCUAUACGAUCAAUGCAUGAUUAUGAAGAAAUGGAUCAAGAAGAUGUGGAUAAUGAAAUCAAUCAUAGAAAUAAUAGAACUAGGAGAGAUACUGCUACCUCAUUUUUAGAAUCAAAUGAAGACUCAGAUGAAGAUCUCAAUUCUGAAAUCUCUUUGGAUUUUAGUAAUGUAACUUCUAACAGAGAAAGAUCCAACAGUCUUUUCGGUUCUUCUAGUUUAAGAAGAGCCACUCCAGCCUUAGCUGUCUUGUUGGAUAGUUUGGGAGGUAUACGUGCUUCCAUUGAAAUAAAUGGUAAUGAACACGCUUUAAAUGGAAGAAAUUCACUUGGAAGAGUCUUCGAAAGUAUUUUGAAUCGUCAUGAUAUUCACAGAUUUCCUGGUUCUACAAAUAAUAUAUAUAAACUUCAAUCAACUAGAGAGAGAUGGAUAGAAACUAUGAGACUCUUUUAUCCAUAUGAAAAGGAUGAACUAGCUUUAAGAGUAGUACUGGCUAUUGUGAAUAGAAUCGAAGAAGAUAGUUUUGAAUUAUAUAAGAAAAAGAAGCAUGACGCCGACAGGGCUAGACAGGAAAAGGAAGAACGUUUACAAAAGAAGAAGGAAGAAGAAAGGUUAAAGAGAGAACAAGAAGCCAAAGAAAGAGAAGCGGAAGAAAGUUUCGGAGAGCCUGCUGAAGAUCGCGAACCAGUCAUGGUACGUAUAGGUGAACGAGAAGUCGAUAUCAGUGGCACGGAUAUCGAUCCAGAAUUUUUUGAAGCAUUACCAGAUGAUAUGAGAGAAGAAGUGUUCACCCAGCAUGUUCGUGAAAGAAGAGCAAACGCUGCUCGUACUGGUGCUGAUACUCGUGAAAUUGAUCCUGAUUUCUUAGCUGCAUUACCAGAUCAGAUAAGAGAAGAAAUCUUGCAACAAGAAACUUUUGGAGAGAUUGCAUUUGAUGAUGGUCUGUUUGAUGAAGAUCUUGACGAACAACCGGAAGAAGAAAGUGACGGAGUUGAAAAAGAAAAACCAAAGGAUGUCAGACCAAAGAAAGUUCUUUUUACACCUUUGUUGGAAAAACAUGGUGUUUACUCUCUUGUCAGACUUCUAUUUGCUCCUUUGACUGCUAGUCAUCGUCAAUCUGUUUAUUCUACAUUAGAAUGUAUUUGUCGUAACAAGCAAAGUAGAAUGGAAUUUUUGAAUUUAAUUAUUGCUAUAGUUCACGAAGGUUUAAGUAAUCAAAAAUCGAUCGAAAAGAUUUAUUCUGUUAUAUGUUUCAAAGCAUUAGGAAAUGUUGGCAACGAUCAAAAGGAUUCUAAGAAGUCAUUCAAAUUACCUUUAGGAUGUACCACCCUUUUUGUUAGCAUACAAAUCAUUGAAGCUUUGGAUUUUAUAUUGGAAAGAAAUAUUCAUUUAAGAUAUUUACUUUUAAGUGAACAUGAUAAUCCUAUUAUUUCCAAAAAGGCUAAGGGUUCAAGUUCUAGAGACAGUAAAUUUCCAAUCAAUUAUUUAUUAAAAUUACUUGAAAAUAACUUACUUAAAAAUGAUCAAACGUUUAUGGAUAUCUUAGCUCGAGUCAUGGAAAUUUCUACCAAAUUAUUACCAGUUUUAAGUAAACGUCAAGGUAAAUCUUUUGUGGCUCCUAUAAUUCCUAAUAAUAAUUAUCGUCAAUUGAUUCAAAUAUUGACAGCUAAUGAAUGUUCUAAUGCUACAUUUAGAAGAACCAUCAGUGCCAUGCAAAACUUAUCAGUAUUGCCGAAUGCUCAAACUAUAUUUUCAUUAGAAUUAUCAGAACAAGCUACAACCUUAGGUCAUUCCAUCAUUGAAGAUUUACAAUUAUUAUCAAAAGAAUUGAAGAGUGAACAAGAUCCGGCUGUGCUUGAAAAUAAUACAUCGAUAUCUAAAUUUAGUGCUGCUCUGUCUGAUCAAUCGAAACUAUUAAGGAUUUUAACAGCAUUAGAUUAUAUGUAUGAAUCAAAAGAAAAGGAAGAAGAACAAGUGCUUUCGCCUAAAGAUAAUGUCAGUGAUGUUGAUGAAAUUGAAGAAUUGACUGGGUUAUACAAGAAAUUAGCAUUGGGUAACUUAUGGGAUGCUUUAAGUGAUUGUUUAAGGAUCUUACAAGAAAAGACUGAAUCUAGUAAUGUUGCCACUGCAUUAUUACCAUUAAUCGAAGCAUUGAUGGUGGUAUGUAAACAUAGUAAGGUUAAAGAUUUAAGUAAAGAUGUGGUUAUGAAAUAUGAAGCUAGAAGAAUUGAUUUUAGUAAAGAACCAAUUGAAAGUUUAUUUUUUUCAUUUACAGAUGAACAUAAGAAGAUUUUAAAUCAAAUGGUUAGAAUUAAUCCUAAUUUAAUGAGUGGACCUUUCGGAAUGUUGGUUAAGAAUCCUCGAGUAUUAGAAUUUGAUAAUAAGAAGAAUUACUUUGAUAGGAAAUUACAUAUUUCUAAGAAUGAAGUUUCUAAAUUAUCGAUUAAUAUCAGAAGAGAACAAGUCUUUUUAGAUAGUUAUAGAUCAUUAUUCUUUAAAUCAAGUGAAGAAUUCAAAAAAUCCAAAUUAGAAAUCAAUUUCAAGGGAGAAGCAGGAGUUGAUGCUGGUGGGGUUACUAGAGAAUGGUAUCAAGUAUUAUCGAGACAAAUGUUUAAUCCUGAUUAUGCUUUAUUUACUCCGGUUGCAUCUGAUGAAACUACUUUCCAUCCGAAUAGAACUUCGUAUAUUAAUCCUGAGCAUUUAUCAUUCUUCAAAUUUAUUGGUAGAAUCAUUGGUAAGGCUAUAUUUGAUGGUAGUUAUUUAGAUUGUCAUUUUUCAAGAGCAGUUUAUAAGAGAAUCUUAGGAAGACCUGUUAGUCUUAAAGAUAUGGAAACAUUGGAUCUAGAAUAUUUCAAAUCGUUAAUGUGGAUGUUAGAAAAUGAUAUUACUGAUGUUAUUACUGAAGAUUUUUCUGUUGAAACUGAUGAUUAUGGUGAACAUAAGAUUAUUGAUUUAAUUCCUGAUGGUAGAAAUAUCCCAGUUACUGAAUUAAACAAACAUGAGUAUGUUAAAAAAGUGGUUGAAUAUAGAUUGCAAACUUCAGUCAUUGAACAAAUGAAUAAUUUCUUAAUUGGUUUCCAUGAAAUCAUUCCUAAGGAUUUAAUUUCAAUUUUUGAUGAACAAGAAUUGGAAUUAUUGAUAUCAGGAUUACCUGAUAUUAAUGUGAUUGAUUGGCAACAACAUACCAUGUAUAACAAUUAUUCCGCCUCAUCACUUCAAAUUCAAUGGUUCUGGAGAGCAGUUAAAUCGUUUGAUAAUGAAGAACGAGCCAAACUAUUACAAUUUGCAACCGGUACAUCUAAAGUUCCCUUAAAUGGAUUUAAAGAAUUAAGUGGAGCCGAUGGUACAUGUAAAUUCAGUAUUCAUAGAGAUUAUGGUUCGAUUGAAAGAUUACCUUCUUCCCAUACAUGUUUCAAUCAAAUUGAUUUACCUGCUUAUGAAAGUUAUGAAACUUUAAGAGGUUCAUUAUUAUUAGCUAUUACUGAAGGUCAUGAAGGAUUUGGUUUAGCUUAG